UGUACAUAUCUCUAAAUUACUGAGACUGUUUUCCUAUCUUCAUACCAAAUCCAAUGAUGAUUAUUUAGUGACUUCCACAUCAGACAAUACUUACGGAAUAAUGAAAAGCGGAUUAAAAUUAUGUGAGGGCAGUAUGAGGCUAUUGAUACCAUUUGAUAAACUGAAAGAUUGUUGCAACGAAAAUGUAAAUUUACAUCAGACGAAGUUUUUACUCUCCUCGCCUAAAGCAGACAUUGAUUUGAUUAAAAGGUUCUUUUCAUAUCAGGUACUUGCUGGUGUCCUUUUGUACAAAAGCUUUUUACAUCAAAUACUCAUUGAAUACAUAUUGCAUAAUGGAAUAAAUGUUUCCCCAUUGGUAUGGGAAUUCAUACGCAGAAGUUCCAUAUCACAAGAAAAUAACACUACAGACGCUGAUGAUCAGGAAAAGAAUGAUAACGAGGCUAGGGGAGAAAGGUACAAAGAUCCUUUAGGGAAAAUAAUCAAAAGCCCUGUAAUUAUAAAUUUUCAUAUCAGUAAUACUUUAAUAACUUUUAAAGCAUCUUUAAAAGAUAUUAAAGUAACUGAAAACAAAUUAAAAGAGAAACAUUUAACACUGCAAAUGUUAUCCACUGUGAAUAAAGAGAGAGAUGCCUUUCAUUGUAAGGAAAAUAAAUGGUAUAAGGAAUUAUUUCUGCGUGAAAGAAUAAAUCCCCCCAUGCCAUUUCUGAUAUUGCCAGGUACAAUAAACCAAAGUUUUAAUAAACUCUCCCAAGGAACACCGCCUGAUGAUUUUGAAAUAAUGAAAUUUGAAUUUCACAGAUUAAGCUCAUUUAGCAACUUUACCUUUCCCGAUGUACCUAGUUCUAUAAUUUUGGCCAAAGCAGGAUGGUUUGCAACAGGAAGCGAAAAAGAAACAAACACUUUUUGUUGCCUCAAAGUAUAUAGUAGAUGGAAAAGAAGCGAUGAUCCGCAUUAUAUUCACAAAAUGUUAUCACCUACUUGCUUCUUUAUAUUAGGGAAAGAUAUUGGACAGAUUUCAUUUCAUGAUAGGGCUUUGAAUGACAACAAUGAAGCAUCUGUGGAUAAUUCAAGGAAUAAUGGUUACCUUCCUGGAAAUCAGCAUAGACAUUAUAGUAAUACAUCCCAAGAAAUUUUAUACCAGAGAACUAACGAUGUGGAAUCACUGACGGAUGAAAUUGGCCAAUCUUACACAAAUCCAAAGGUUUUCAAAGAAGAAUUAAGCGAGUGUGACAACGAAUCGUUUGCCCAAGAAAGCGAAAAUCCUGAAAUACAUUCUACAAACAAUGUAUCGCAUUUGAAUUGGAGCCUAUCAGAUGCAGUAUAUCCAAACCAAUCAGAAAUUGAAGCGAGGAUAGAAAGCUUUUCAAUGAUUAAUAAGUCUCAUUAUGCAUUAAAAAUUGGACCGGGCUCAGAAAAUUUUGUUAUUGCGAAUAAAACCGCGGAGGAAUUUGCUAGAGCUGGUUUAUUUUACCGUGGAUUCCGCGACAGAACUUCUUGUUUUUACUGCGGGAUAGGUCUUCAAAAUUGGACCUCCCUCGACAAUAUCAUACUGAGACACUACCAAUCAAGUGGAAAUUGUCCUAUAGCUCAGGCAUCAAUACAUGAAAUAGAUGCUGAUAGAAAUACAUCAUCAAGUGAGAAUAGCGUUGCGGCUUCUCCGAAUCAGAGCAGAGGGUAUCCUCCAGAUAUGGAGGGAAUUUGUGCUGAACUAGAUGAAAUGGGAUUUGAUGAGGAGUUAAUCAAAGCGGCCAUUGAAAGUUUAGGGCAUCGGGGAAUGACAUGCACCAAAGAGAGAAUUGUGAAUGAAAUUCUAGACAAUAGAGCAUCCUUGCAUUCUGGAUCGUCGAUUUCUGGGAGUGCCGAAUAUAAUUCAUCAGAAUAUCAAGAAUCAAUAGAACCCUUGGAAAAUCCGCGCAUAGAAACGGCUUCCGGUGAAAAUGCCGAAAAACCAACAGCGCCUGGUGAAAAGAUUGAUACGACAGCAUCUACUUCAAACCUGAGAGAACAGUCUGAUGAUGAACUGCGCAGGCGCGUCACGUGUAAGGUCUGUUUGUCGGAGGAAGUAGGGGUUCUUUUUCUACCCUGUAGUCAUUUGGUAUCUUGUGUCAGUUGUUCUCGGAGGUUAAAGAAGUGCCCCUUAUGUCGAAAACAUAUUCAAACAAAACAACCCAUGUUCUGGUAAAGUUAGAAAUAUUCCCUGUUAUGGUCUUCAAAAAGAGCAAGAUUGUACAUAUACGUGGUUAUUACAGAUCAGAUUUAUGUAAAAAUGUGUUUUGUGUGUCUAUGUUCCUGUUCAAAAAAGAACGUUAUAUUAAUAUUUUAAUUUUUUUGACA